AUGUCUUCGAAUGACAAGCAUUCCUAUACGAUACGGGUGCUUCAGAGGAAAGAUAACUCAUCUUCCAGCUCCGAAAGUCGACGUCCAAGAGAUCAGGCUACAAUCGGAUCAUCUACACCUUUAGUCUGCAUGUCGCGGUUUCAUAAGAAGUCUUCUAAUAAGAGAAAAGUAUGGUUGGAUGGCAGGUUUCAGUACACCUGCAACGCAUGCAGACAGAAAUGGUCAGGGCAAACGAAGACGGUCGAACAACUAGACGAAGAGCAAAAAGCCCAAGAGGAAAAAAUCCAAGAAGAAAAGGCUCGCCAAGAGGAGAAAGCUCGCGAAGACGAGGCCGUGCGCUUGUUCAUGCAGAGAGCGAACUCGGUAAUCGAGUUGCCCAAGGCUGAUACCGUAUACCCCUACAAUAGAAGCUCCGGGGGCCUCAACAGCGAGCUCAGGGGUCGAAAGCGUAAGCCCGAUGUCCUAGACGAUAAUCCUCGAGAAAAGAAGAGACGAAGAACUGAGGAGAAAACGGAAGCCAACGUCUCACUUCCUCUCGAAAUUGUUUCUAGGGCUUUAUCCGAAGCGCUGCAUUCUAAAGCCCGAUGCGCUCUAGAUUUAUUAGUCCCUGACUGGCAUCCAUGUAAGCAAUAUGACCCACUAUCAGACAACCUCUUGAAUUUAACGAGAGUCGUCACAUACACACGAGGCAUUGAUGGCAAAGUUGGCAGUCUCUUAACCAGCCUUGGGCAUGGAGACGGUGAUCAUAACUUUCUUCCUGUAAAAUUCCCUGAUAGGAAUCUUUUAACACUUAAUAAGUGGUGUAAUAACGAGGUGAUCAGGACCCUCUGUCUCGAAGGCGCACAGGUUUUCGAACUCGCUGCGGACAGUCUUCCUCCUAAUGUCGCCGAGGAAUCCUUUCUAGGCAACCGAAGAGAUACGUUUCCCAUCAGAGGAAAACGUUCGCGAGGUAUUCUUCCCUAUGAUGACGAAGAACCUGAAGCCGAUAAGAAAGUUAUGCCAAGUGGCUCACCGUAUAUCUUUAAGCUCCUGCGUCAUAUUGUACUUCGUUCACCGCUGACCCUCAUGGAGGUUGACGCUCGUAGUAUGGCCGGAUUCGAUUCCCGGAUAAACGAUACUAACCUCGAGGCGCUUGAUAUGGUUAUCGACCUAGAUCGAGGUUCACCUAUAUGGCUAUCGUGGUCACAGAUGCCGAUGCUGGAGAGCGUCCUCCUUGACCUACGCAUCUACAGCCACGACAUUAACACUGAUCGCGGGUGCAUCGGAAAAGGCGAGAUCAUAAGGCGGGCGCAAGAAAUGGGCCGCUGGCUACGAUUGAAGUUGUUGGUUAUUGCUGGCCUGCAGAGCUACAGCUUCGAUACGAGUUAUGAUACAUACACGGCAGAACUUAUUGAAGAAGCAGACGAGAUAGACGGGGAGCCUAAUUGGAUCAAGAUAUUUUCGCCGGCUGUACGUCCUGGAGGUCAAGUUAUUCUCGUAGAUCGGCUGAUGGAUGAAUCAACGGAUUUCCUUUUUCUUAAUAACUGA